GCCGCGCCGCGCCGCGCCGGCCGUCCGGAGUCCCAUCUCCGGGAAGGAGGUGUUGGGGGCGGCGCGGGCUGCGGACACUCCCCGCACUGAUCCCGCCUGCCAUGGACUCGGAAUACUACUGCGGCGACCAGUCAGAUGAUGGUGGCGCUACCCCAGUACAGGAUGAACGGGAUUCAGGGUCAGACGUUGAGGAUGAUGUAAAUGAGCAGCACUCUGGAUCAGACACUGGAAGUGUAGAACGUCAUUCAGAGAAUGACCCUAGUGAUCGAGAAGAAGAUCUCAGCAAAAGACACGUGACAGACUCUGAGAAUGAUGAGCGCUCAAACCUUAAUGCUAGCGACUCCGAGAGUGAGGAGCUUCACAGGCAAAAGGACAGUGACUCCGACUCUGAAGAGCAGGUGGAGCCUCCUGCAAGCGAUUCUGAAAAUGAGGACGUCAAUCACCGUGGGAGUGACUCUGAGAGUGAGGAGGCCAGGAAAUUACCUGCUAGUGACUCUGAUAACGAGGAGCUUCUCAAUGGACAUGCCAGCGACUCUGAAAAUGAAGAUGCUGGGAAGCAUCCUGCCAGUGAUUCGGAAAUGGAAGAGCUCCAAAAGAGUCCUGCCAGCGACUCUGAAAUGGAGGAGGGCCUCAAGCCUCCAAACAGUGACUCAGAGAGUGAGGACCCACCAAGGCAACAAGCCAGUGACUCUGAAAAUGAGGAGCUUCCCAAGCCUCGAGUUAGUGAUUCUGAAAGUGAGGAGCUUCCCAAGCCUCGGAUCAGUGACUCUGAGAGUGAGGAGCCUCAGAGAACUCAGGCCAGUGACUCUGAAAAUGAGGAGCUUCCCAAGCCCCGGAUCAGUGACUCCGAGAGCGAAGACCCACCAAGGCACCAGGCCAGUGACUCUGAAAAUGAAGAGCUUCCCAAACCCCGAAUUAGUGAUUCGGAAAGUGAGGAACCCCCAAGGACCCAGGCCAGUGACUCUGACACAGAGGAGCUUCCUAAACCCCGAGUUAGUGACUCGGAGAGUGAGGAGCCUCAGAAGGGAGCUGCCAGCGAUUCAGAAACUGAGAGUGCCUCCAGGCACAAACAGAAGCCUGUGUCAGAUGAUGACAGUGAUGGGGAGAAUAAGGGAGAGGAGAUGGAAAUGCAAAAUGACUCCUUGCAUUCCGAUAGCCAAGUAGACAGGAAAAGGUUUCCUAGUUCUGAGAGUGAAGAAGAAGAACCCAAAAGGCCAAAUAUUGACAGUGAUGAAGAUGAAGAAAAAGAGGGGGAGGAGGAGAAAGUCGCAAAACGAAAAGCCGCUGUGCUUUCUGAUAGUGAAGAUGAGAAGUCAUCAGCGAAGAAGAGUCGUGUUGUUUCUGAUGCAGAUGACUCUGAUAGUGAUGCUGCAUCAGACAAAUCCAGCAAAAGAGAAAAGACUGUAGCAUCAGACAGUGAAGAAGGAGGAAAAGAAGACUUAUCUGACAAGAAAAAUGAAGAAAAGGAUCUGUUUGGGAGUGAUAGUGAGUCAGGGAAUGACGAAGAGAAUCUUAUUGCAGAUAUAUUUGGAGAAUCGGGUGAUGAAGAGGAAGAAGAAUUUACUGGUUUUAACCAAGAAGAUCUGGAAGAAGAGAAAAAUGAAAUGCAGGUAAAAGAAGCAGAAGAUUCAGAUUCUGAUGAUAAUAUAAAGAGAGGAAAACAUAUGGACUUCCUGUCGGAUUUUGAGAUGAUGUUACAGCGGAAGAAGAGCAUGAGUGGCAAGCGUAGACGUAACCGUGAUGGUGGAACUUUUAUUAGCGAUGCUGAUGAUGUUGUGAGUGCCAUGAUUGUCAAGAUGAAUGAGGCCGCUGAGGAAGACAGGCAAUUGAACAAUCAAAAAAAGCCAGCACUGAAAAAAUUAACAUUAUUACCUACUGUAGUCAUGCACCUUAAGAAACAGGAUCUUAAAGAAACAUUUAUCGACAGUGGUGUGAUGUCUGCCAUCAAAGAAUGGCUUUCCCCUCUGCCAGAUAGGAGUUUGCCAGCACUGAAGAUUCGAGAGGAGUUAUUGAAGAUUCUGCAAGAGCUACCUAGUGUGAGCCAGGAGACCCUGAAGCAUAGUGGGAUUGGACGAGCAGUGAUGUACCUCUAUAAACAUCCCAAGGAAUCAAGGUCUAACAAGGACAUGGCAGGGAAAUUAAUCAAUGAAUGGUCUCGCCCUAUAUUUGGUCUUACCUCAAACUACAAGGGAAUGACAAGAGAAGAAAGGGAGCAGAGAGAUCUGGAACAAAUGCCUCAGCGGAGAAGAAUGAGCAGCACUGGUGGUCAGACGCCACGAAGGGACUUAGAAAAAGUGCUGACAGGAGAGGAGAAGGCUCUUAGACCUGGAGAUCCUGGGUUUUGUGCCCGUGCAAGAGUCCCGAUGCCCUCAAACAAGGACUAUGUUGUAAGGCCCAAGUGGAAUGUUGAAAUGGAAUCAUCCAGGUUUCAGGGGACCUCCAAGAAGGGUAUCAGUCGACUGGAUAAACAGAUGAGAAAGUUCACAGAUAUCAGGAAAAAAAGCAGAUCUGCACAUGCAGUGAAAAUCAGCAUUGAGGGCAAUAAAAUGCCAUUGUGACCUUGCUGGGAUAUAGCCCCAUCGCUGUGAUGUGAAAUGCGCAAUGGACUCUUUGGAGAAAGAAGAUAUUUUAAAACGAUUUUUAGUGUAUCUGUAAAUGGUUCUGCUUGUAUCAAUGUUGUCAUAGGACUUGCUUUUCUCUUAGUUGUAUUUAAAACUGUUUGUUGUGUACUUUGUACAGAGGAAUACUAGUUAUACUUCUAUAAACUUUACACAAUAAAACUCCAUUCUGGUUUUUGGGCA